AUGUCGAUGGAAAUUCAACCAAACGCUGAAAGUGAAAAUAUCGCUCGCUCAAUGCCGGAAAUGGGAUUUAUAAUUGCCUUUUGUGAAAAAUUCAAGCCUCUUUUUAAAGGGUUUGAGUUUUGGCCAGAAGAAUUAGAAGGUGCACUCGCUACUGAAGCUGAUAGUGAUCUGAUCGACCAA